CUGUUGAGCCGCCUGGACCUGCAGCCAUCAAAAUGGAGAUGGAUGUAUCAGACUCAAGCAGCCCCUUUUCAGUAGAAGACGACAACCUGCUUCUGGAUCCAGAUCUGAAUGACGCUGACAGCUAUGACAUCCCAGACCCUGGGAUGCUCCAAGAAAAGAACGAGCCAUCAUUCUCCAAGUCGGUCUCGCAGCUUUUCACCAGGAGGUCAUGGUGGCAAAACUUGACCCCAAGAGCCCGUGCCCGCCAGCUGUGGCUGCUCCUGCGUAUAAGCCUCCACAGCUUUGUGGAAAAGGAAAAGAGAUCCGAGCUGCAGGUGGCUCACUUGACGCACGGACUGGAGCCACUGCGCCGCCUGGAGGUGGCAGCCGGGCUAUGCUGGGUAACACAGGACCCGGUGGGCAGACGCUUAGUAGUGCUGGAUGGUGCAGGCUGCCUGCACCUACACAGAGAGGACGGCUGGCCUCAUGAGAAGCUGCUGGCCCCCAUUGCUCUCACGGGGCUGGUGACAGUGCUGGGCCCGAUGGGCUCCGUGGGCCGCUUUGUGGGCUGGGGCCCUGCAGGGCUGGCCAUACUAAAGCCAGACUUCAGCCUGCUGUGGCUGAGUGAGCCAGGAGUGGGUAGGUCAUCCCACCGUGAGCCCAUCUGCUGCUUGCCAGUGCCUGACUUGGGGCUGCUGCUAGUGGCAGAGGCAGGCGGUGGCCUGGCGCUCUGGAAGUUCCGUGUAGGGGGUCGCCGUCUAGUGCCCUGUGGGUCAACUCUGCAGCCUCUGUUAAGCGCUGGUGGUGGCCUGGUGCGUCUGGCUCUAGGGCCCCUGCCUCCCAACCACUCCCUGUGCUGCUUUGCGGCCUAUGGCUCCGCUGUGUUCACCUUUGAUCUGCAUACCUGGGCUGUCAUAGAUGAGCGCCGGGAUCUGCACAAAACCACCAUCUCCGACCUGGCAUACUGUGGAGAGGUAGAGGCCAUAGUGACAGCUUCCCGAGACAGCACAGUGAAGGUGUGGGAGGCUGACUGGCAGAUCCGGAUGGUGUUUGUGGGCCACACAGGCCCGGUGACAGCUCUGUCCGUGCUCCCAAACACAUCCCUGGUGCUGUCAGCCUCGCAGGACGGGACGCUUCGCACGUGGGAUCUACAGGCGGUGGCACAGGUAGGCAAAGUGGCACUGAACUGCUGGGGCCAGGAUGUGCGGUCAGGGUGCGUGAACCGCCUGCUGGCGCCCGCCAGCCCCGGCUGGCCGGUGCUCUCCCUGCGUGCAGGCAGCGUGGAGCUGUGGCGCCUGCGCGAGCUCUACUCGCCAUUGGCACAGCUGUCUGCGCCAGUGCUCCACCUGCAGGUGGCGCCCGAGCUGCCCCUGCCCCUGCACCCGCCGUUGCCUGUGCGCCUUGUGUGCGCUUGCUCCGACGGCUCAGUUUACCUGGUGUCGCUGGCGACGGGGCGCACAGUGAGCGCGCUGCUGCUUGAACCUGAGGAUUGUGCGGCUGCCGUGGCCUACUGCCUGCCGCGCGAAACGCUGUGGCUGCUGACACGAGCCGGACACCUGAUAUGUGCCAACGCAGCGCGCUGCCCCAUGUGCGUGCUGGGCCGCGUGUGCCCGCUACCGCCCCCGGCGCCCAGGCCCUGCUGCCUGCACCUCUACAGCCACCUCACAGACCCCAGCGGCGCAUUUGCCAGCUGGGAGAUAGUGCGCCAGCGUGAAGGCAAGCUGUGCCACAGUGACACCCGAGCCUGGAAGGACAAGAACCGAUACCUGCCCGUGGUGGGACACACGGACGGCAUGCUAUCGGUACUCAACUGGCACACACUGAAGCCUGUCUUCUAUGCAAAGGCACACAGCCCGGGCCCAGUCACUGCCAUUGCAUCUACCUCGAACAGCAUUGUGUCCUCUGGCGGAGACUUAACCGUGAAGAUGUGGCACGUCUUCCCCUAUGCCGAGGAGAGCCUGAGCCUGCUUCGUACCUUCUCCUGCUGCCACCCUGCCCUGGUGCUCUGUGCACUUGGGGAGCGUGUCAUGGUGGCCUUUGAGGACCCAAACAGUGCCACCUAUGGUCUGGUGCAGUUUAGCCUGGGCAACAGCCGGCGCUAUGACCACCAGCCCCAGGAUGACCACAUGGAACACAUCACCGGCCUGUGCUGCUGUCCCGCGCUCAAGCUGUAUGCCUCUUCCAGCCUGGAUUGCACCAUCAGAAUCUGGACUGCAGAGAACCGCCUGCUGCGGCUCCUGCAGCUGAAUGGAGCCCCUCAGGCCCUGACCUUCUGCAGCAACAGUGGGGAUCUGGUGCUGGCCCUGGGCUCCCGCCUCUGCCUGGUAUCCCACAGGCUCUACCUGCCCACGUCCUACCUGGUUAAGAAGCUGUGCCAGAAUGUCCCUGAUGUGGUGGAUGACCCUCCACUGCCGCUGACUAGCGAGGAGUCGCUGACCUCAGCCCAGCUGCAGAGACUUGCCAACCUGCAUGGGGUGGCCAGCCUCAGCAUGGCCUUGUCUUUCAUCCAUCGCCAGACGGCAGAACCUCAGCAGCCGCUGUUGGAAGAGGACCUGGAAGCCUUAGUUGCCCGGAACCAAGACCUUCAGCAGCUGAGACUGGGGCAGGUGGUCCCAGCAGCCCGGCCCCCACUCUCCUGGAAGCGGCAGCAGCAGGCCUUUGAUAACUACCUUUGUCUGAUCUAUGGCCCGGGCAUGCAUUCUAGAUCAGAGUCCCAGCGGUGGAACACCAUGACCCUCACAGUGGAGAAAAAGACCUGGGGUGUACGCACCACACCUAAAGCUGCUCCCAGUCUUGGGAAGGCUGAGGUCUGCAUUGAAGUCCCCAAAGAGCCAACAGCCCUGCCCCCACAGGACUGGGGGGCACUGGGCCAGCGCUUUUCCUGUCCUUCCCGAGUCACCUUGCCCACCAUGCCCACCCACCAGUGGGUACACAGCAAGGCAUCCCAGCUGCUGGCCCGCUCCUCCCUGAGCUCCUUUCUGGGCCUCAGUGUGAACCUGCAGCUGCAGUUGGAGCGGCUCCACCAGGAGAGGCCUGUGGCCCUGGACCCAUCACCUUCCCACCUGCAGCACAGGAUCCCUCUGCUGCUGGAAAGGCAGCCCAAGGAGUUUCCCUCUAACAUCGGGGGCUUUUUUCCUGCCACCAUUCAGCCCUACAAGGACAUGCCAAGGCCCAUCCACUUCCCAGGCUGGGUCCCCAACUCCAUGGUACUGCAGCAAAUGUGGCAGCACAGGGAGGUCAGCAAACCUGGGGCCCUCGCCCAGCUCACCAGCCAGCGCUCACUCAAGGCAAGGGGUGGGGCUGGGGGCUCACCCUGCCUUCAGGUCUGGGGAUGGGCUCUGUGGAGGGGAGGGAGCAUGAAGUGGCCACUAGCACUGUCCCAUCCACAGCCAGGAGGGAGCCAGGAUGACCUGUGGCUGUUGCGGGGCAGGCGCUACCCCAAGUGGCAGCAGAGGUCGAUCCAGAGUUUGGGUAAGGGGGACGACGACCACCAGGAAGAACUGGAUCUGGACUGGGACUCAGACUUCCUGAGCCCCCAUUUGGAGCUCUCCCAGGAACAGCUGGGGUCCGACGAACUGUCAGUUCAGGUGGGCAGCUCUGAGUCCUUGAUCUGGAGGAGCUCCCAUGACAAUGCUGCCAGGAGAGAGACCUACUUAUACCGCCACCGGUACCACACUGGGCACUCACUCUGGGAAGAGCGCUAUGGGCAUCUUCCCAGGUUCCUGCGUUUCUUUGUCAUCCAGAACUGGUUCAAAAAGCUGUUCCCCAUCUUCACCCUGGAGGUUUGGAGGAUGCCUGGGAAGCAGGCUGGUGGGGGAGUGGCGGGGAGGCAGGGCCUCAGCUCUUGGUCUCCACAGGCAUACCCUGAGGUAAGCACAGUGGAUGGCCUGGCCUCGCUCUUCAUGGACCUGCUGGAAGAGGCCUCCUGGGUGGACCGGGUGCACAUCCUGCAUGCAUUUCUGAGGCUGCUGCCUGAUAUGAGCCAAAACCUCUGUAGGCGGUUGCAUGGCAUCCUCUUGCACCUACUCAACCUGGAGCAGCCCCCCAGCCUCCAGGACUGGAUACAGAAGCAGUUUGUGUUGGUGGCAUUUCAGAUCCUCCUGGCCUGCUCCCUGGAGUCCCGUGAUGUGGUGCUAGAGCUCAUGUCCUACUUCCUCUACUCACCACCCUCCUGCAGGCCUGAGCUCAAGAAGCUGCUGGAUGCAUUAGGCCUUCAGGACCCGGAGGGCUUCCUGUUCAAGGAGAUGACGACCUGGGUCCAGGACCUGGGCCUGGACUCCAAGGCUGCACUACGUAGUUGCUGUGCCCAAAAGUUGGAAGAAAUGAUCCGCCACCUUCAGACACAAACCUUGCAGCCUUCAGUAGCCAAGUUGUCGGAGGUGUUGCCCAAGGUCUCUGACACCUCAGUGUUUUCAUCCCUGUCCGAGGAGACCCUGUCGCAGAUUUCCAUGUUCUCCAGGGCACCCACUCACAUCUCCGUGACAUCUUCACUCCAAUCCUGGUCGCCCUCGCUGGUGAGCUCGCCCGAGGAAGCUGCCGAGGAGUCCCAAAUCCUGCAGUGGCUCUCACAGAUGCACGUCUGGCACGCCCACCGCACGCACUCGGAGACAGUGACAUCCUUCUCCUCCAAGCCCGAUGUCCACCUGCGCUCCUCAGCGCCAGACGUGUUUUCUGACCAUCCACUGCCACUGGAGCAGACCGAAUGGUCACAGUCAAAGGUGCUGGACCUGGGGUCAGUUGACGCACUCAACUACUUCUGUGGGCAGCAGCGGGCACAGCAGCCGAGUUCCCUGCAGAAGGAGGCUGAAGGCCCGUGCCCGAGGCCACAGGCAGUAGUGCCCAACGCUGUGUUGCCACAGCCCCACCGUCACCUGCCCAGCCCCAUUCUAAGGCUUCAGGAGACCAAGAUCCAGAGGUCUCCAGUGAGACAGAGGGGUGAGUGGGGGCAGGGUUGGAGAUGGAUCCUGAGCUUCACCCCAGCCUGGGUCCCACAGGGCCUCCACCUCUCCAGAGGCCUCACUGCCCCUCUGGCCUCAGGCCAGAUGCUGUUCCAGCGUUGGGAGGGCCGCACCCUCGAUGGCCCCAUUCGGAUGCUGAAGCUGCCCCUGCCUCGGGUAGAAGUGCGACCUUUCCCCUUGGACUGGCCCAGGCCUGCCCGUCCGCUGCCGCCCCUGCUCCUGCAGCCCGCCCUGCAGCGCUACUUUCUGCCAGACUACGCAGACCCAGACAACUACAGCUGACCUGGCUGGCGGCCUUGGCCCGACCCCUUUUCCAGCCUGCCCUUCCCUCCAGCAGGGGCCAGGACACAGCUCUUCACCCAGCUGUUCGCCCCUGGCCAAGACCCAGGGCUGGAAUAAAGUCCCGCUAGCAAACUGGAUGUCAUGAUCAUCUUUGGGGG